AUGAGCUGCCGCUACGUGUAUGAUGAAUCAGCCAGCCUAACGUCGCCCCUGACCACAGCGGUGGGCUCCGUCGGCGACAACCCGUCGGCAUCGCGCAGCGGUAAUCCAACCAGCAGCACGGAUGACUUCCGGAUACCGACUGCCCAUAGCAGCUUCCUGUCGCACAGCGAGUAUGACAUCCCCGUCAUGCAUGAGAUCGAUAGGCCACCGAGAAACACGCAGGCAUACCCGCACCCUUCGUCACCGCUCGCCUCGCCACAAGUCCCUGUCGACAGAACGAAGCCACACACACGUCUGGGGCCGAAUCGGCAGAGGUACCUGGGCAGCUUGCGCGAUGAAAGCAUCGAUUCGGAGAAGCUGGACUGCGUGGCGGGUUCCUCGAAUACGUUGAACAGCUCCUCCGCGAGAGCGUUGGCUCCGAAUGCAUGCGGCGACCUCUUCGGCUCACAAAGCUACCUCACGAACAUGUAUGACGACUACACCAGCAGCAGCAGCAGCAGGCUUCCUGACCUCUCUGUGACUAACUCCUCCGGAGAGGGCGGAGGGCUGGGCAAGAGCCACAUCGACACGGCAGUCCGUGGGGCUCUCAUGAACUCCGCCCGGCGACUUGCGGGACUCGGCGCUGCUCAGGACUCCGUGGACGCAAGCAAACGAGCGUCUUCGCCAAAGGCGCACGGCUCGCUCUCGCCCAUCGUUGGCACGACUCCAGCCGCAAAAACUCGAAGCGACCGACGGAGGUUGCAGGACAGCAGCAACUGUACUGUGAGCAACACUGCGCCGACAGCUGGAUUGCCGAGAUUGUCCACAAGCACCACCUGCGCCGCUCAGUUUGCCUCGGAUGCUGUUUCGACCGGGCGCAUUAAAGUACCAUCCUCGACAGUGAUGUUGUCGCCGCCCUAUGCCGAGCUCACGAUCUUCGACAGCCCGCUGAUCGAGGACAGAAGCGGUGCAGCGAAAUCGCCAGGACGCCAAAGCCAACCAUCAUCGCAGACACUCGCCUCACCGAGCUCGCUCAAUCCUCCCCGCGGUGCCGAAGGCAAGGCCGAGAAGGCAGGUGGCUGGACAAGGACCAACUUGGGUGUAGAGGACGGCCCAGACAGGUCGAGCUCCCACCGUAGCACGUUUGGCGGUGUUUGGAGCAGCGGGGAGCGCAGCGAUAUGUCACCUUCCCCACAUCGGCAGUCAAGCACCAGAAGCCUUCACAUGCGCUCUGCAAGCGGCAACUUGAAUUGCAGCAGCAGCGGUACAAGUGGGCUGUCACGUAUACGGCAGCGACGCGCUGCCUCUGAGCCGUCUCCUAUGGUGUUCCAUGAAGGGCACCACCUUUCCCUCCGUCGCACAGUGCAGCCUUCCAUGCAGCCGGUGUCUCCAGUGUACACCUCUGCUGGCGUGGACGAAGUCGGUAACACAGAUGCUAGUGGUUACAGCAACAGAGACGAAGAAGAGGCGGACGGCUCGCCACUUGCUCACCAGCCUGUGUACGACCUCCGCUGCGUGACGGGCUCCCUAGAAGACGCCGCAGAGGUGGUGUUCGAUUCGACUCACUUUGAUACGGACGACCUCGUCGGCAGCGGCGAUGGCUACGGCGACCUUGUGAGCCGACAUGACGAGUCGGAGGAACGGGUGCUGCUCAAUUUGGUGGAGCCUCCGUCCUCUGCACUGUCGUCGCGGCGAACGAAGAAACAACCUCUGAAGAAUUCGACAGCUCUACCAAAGGCGACGCCACCUGCUCUCACUCCGCGGCAUGCGCCACCCAUGCUAAGCAAGAGGCUCCUCACGUUGGGGCAAGCCCGCACGAACACUUCAGCGAUGAUGGAAAGCGGACAUCUAAAGCUAAGUCUCGACGGUGGCGCUGGUGCGAAGCGGUCUAACGAGGAGGUGGCGAGAGAGUCAUCCGCGUCCGGUAGCACGACGCUGUCGUAUCUGACCGAUCUCGAUACCCCUUUCUCGCCAACCCGCCCGCUAACCACGCGAGUGCCGCGUUCACCGCUGCAGAAUGCUUGCAACGAGAGAGCUCUCGGGGCCGUCGUCUCUGCAGAGACUCCGCGCCUCUCCACGUCACGGGUGCUCUCUCCCUCGCCAAUAUCGAGAAUGAGCAAUUCUGUGCAGCCGAUGCACGCGACUGUGCUCAGUGACAAACCCCCAAAGCCGCCGAGGCAGCCUCACAGCAGAGUCCGCAUCUGCACGGGUGCACGCGAGAUCGAUGACAGUCCCAUGACCUCGAAGGCGCCGUGGCCGCUUCAGGAGCCACCGUCGAGCAUCAUUGUCAAACGUCGCCUCUUCGACCCCAAGCGCCCGCGUCUACGUGGCCCCCGCACACGCGAACUGCCGAACGGGAAGCGGCAAGCCAACUGGACGGCUCCCGAGACGCACUACGCGACCACGCUGGCGGACUUGGCAGCGUACGACGAGGACGAAGACGACAUGCCGCAGUGGCACCUUACGGAUGCCUUGUGGCGCGACGAAGUCAUCGGCAUGGAUGUAGCGGUUUCUCGGCAGUCAGAAGUGCGAGACAGCCGCCCAUCGUCGAGCUCGACCCCAGCCGUGGAAAGUGGCGUAGUUGGAGCCAUGGUGCUAAAUCAGCCCCCAGCAUCGACGCCAACGGUGCCGCACAUGUCGUCGUUGCAGCCAGUGACAUUCUCUACCUCACUCGAGGCACCAGCCGUCGCGGCGGCAAAUAUGGCUAUACCACGUGGUUGGCAACUUGCGCGCUUGGCGUCGCUGACCGCUGCGGCAUCGAGAGAUGCUCACGCAAGUGCCGUACAGGACUUGCAGGGCACCUCCCUCAAAAUUGGUUGCCGGACUGGUGGCAUUGUCGUGGAUGAGGUGGAUAAGGUGCUCCGCCUUCGCAAGGAGUCGGAGCUCGCACAGGUUCCCGGCGAGCUGCAAAGUGAGCCGUCCUCGCGGCCUUCCCACGGCAGCAGAGCACCUCCGCUCACAAGCAGCGCCACGUCGCCGCGGCUAGGUGCAUCGACGCAUCGCAGACAUUCCAAGUCAAAAAACGUGGGGUGGGGAAGGCGUAAAUGA